UUCCACAAAUAAUAAAAUAAAGAAUUCUUCCGUUUAUGUGAUAAAAAAUAGAAGCUUUAUAUCCGUUAAUGUGUCAUCAUAUAUUAGAACAAUCGAAAAGACUGUUGUUUUUAUGACGAUUUACUGUUUCUACUCAGGUUGAACGGUAUAAAUUUCUUCUUAUGAUUUUUACUGUAGCAAAGGUUACAUAUUUCCCUUUUUCUUUCAGUCAUCAAGCAACGAUUUACUCCUCAAGUUCAGGACGAUUUUGUGGUUCGUGGAAAUACAGCUGUGCUAAAGUGCCACUUGCCUACUUUCGCCAGAGAGUAUGUGACGGUCGAUUCAUGGAUCAGGAAUGAUGAUUAUGUCCUAAAAAUGACAGAUACAAGAGUACGCUCGCACACCGUCCUGUAUUCCGGAGAACUUCUUAUUCACGAAACGCAAGAAAAAGAUUCAGAUUGGAGCUAUCGCUGUCAGACGAGACACAGAUUAACUGGCGAAAUGGUGGUCAGCAUCACUGCUGGGAAAAUAAUCGUGACAGAGCCACACGCUUCCACUCUGCCAAGAGUUACAUUCAGCCAAGCCCAAGUACGCACGGAAGAAGGAUCCCCUGCUCAGUUACCCUGCGUCGCUCAGGGCAAUCCGCCCCCUACGUACAGGUGGAUGAAAGAUAUAAAUGGUGUCCUACGUUCUGUUAAAGAAGACGGAAGAGUGUGGAUGAUACAAGGAACUCUUAAUAUCAGAAAAGUAGUCCGCACGGAUGCUGGGAAAUACCAGUGCAUCGUGAGGAACAGCAUCGGUGAAAGGAGAAUUGAAAGUGCUCUUAUAGUAACAGCUCCUCUUACUGUGAAUCUCCUGCCUCCUCAUCAAAUUCUCAAUAUCGGACAAGAAGCUACCUUUACCUGCAAUGUAACUGGAUAUCCUGUUCAUACAAUUUCCUGGAGGAAAGAUCAGAGACAAAUUACUGUUUCUAACCGAGUUCAGCUCUUAUCACGUGAUGUGUUGCAUAUUACAGCACUGAGAAGGGAGGACAGAGGAAUGUAUCAGUGCUUUGUGUAUAAUGAUAUAGAUGGAGCACAGGGGACAGCUGAGUUGAAAAUAUCUGAUGUUCCGCCUACAAUAAUUUCUGUUUUUCCGGAGCAGACAGCCCAUCCAAGAGAAAGCAUAUCAUUGAAAUGCAUUUCUACCGGCAAUCCAGCUCCAAGAGUUACGUGGUACUUAGACGGUAUAGUAAUUGGCCGAAGUGGCCGGAUAACCCUGAGUGAUUACGUUACAGAUCAUGGGCAUGUUGUGAGCUUCUUCAAUAUUACUGAAAUAAGAGUUGAAGAUGGCGGUGAAUAUAAAUGCCAAGUGAGUAAUGAUGUUGGAAGUACGUCUCAUGCAGCACGCCUGAAUGUGUACGGACCCACAUUUGUUAGACCCAUGUCAAACGUCACAGCUAUCUCUGGUGAAGAUCUUGUAGUACGUUGUCCUUAUGGGGGAUAUCCUAUAAAAGGCGUACGAUGGUUUAAAAGUAAGUAUUAUUAA